AAAACGCCUCUAUUACACGCCUCGGAGGGGGGACACCCUAUCGUGACUAAAAUACUGUUAGACGAUCAACGUGUUGAGCCAGAUGCCAAAGAUUCAUGGGGGGAGACAUCGAUGAUGUUGGCGGCGUGGAAUGGGCACGAAGCAAUUGCCCAACUCUUGUUGAAUACCGGCAAGAUUGCUGAUCUAAAUUCUCCGCUACGGUGCGCGGCGGAGAAAGGGCACGCGGCGGUAGCUCAACUGCUACUUAAUAGCGAACAGAUUAACCUGAACACACAGGAUUAUAAAGGCAAGACCCCGUUGAUAUUGGCAGCGGAGAAAGGGCAUAAGGCGGUUGUUCAACUGCUGCUUAAUACCGGCAAGGUUGAUGUAACUGCUGUGGAUAGGGACGGGAAGACCGCGCUGAUGUAUGCGAAGGAGAUUGGGCAUAGAGAUAUCAUCGAGAUGCUA